GGACGCCGCCGGGGACCCGCCGCCUGGCCCAGCCCGGCCUCGCCGAGGGGUGCGGCGGCCAGCGGAGGAGGAGGGAAGGGCGGGCGCGGGGGCCGGGAGGCGUCGCCCCGCCGCGCAGGAAUCCGGCGCUUUCGGGGCCGAGGGAGCCGGAGGGGGAGGCAGCGCAGGGCGCCCCGCGAUCACCGCGCCCAUGGACCGUGCAGCCCCGGCCGGGGGCGCCCCUGGCCGCGCCGCUCGACGCUCGCAGUUACCGGCGGCGUCGCGGCGGCAAGUGCGGGGCUAGCGGGCGGGGGCGCAGGGCUGGGCGGCCGGGGAGCCCGGGCCCCCGGGGCGCGGGGCCGCCCCCUGCAGGGGGCUGGCGCGGGGCGGCAGCGCCCGGCGGCGCCCAGGCCUCGGGGCUCGGGGCCGGGCCUGGGGGACGCGAGCCCAGGCCUGGGGCUGAUGGUGAUUGGAAGAGGACUGUCAGAAGGAUCUGGAAAGCAGAGUCUUGCUGUGAAAAGCAAAGAUCCUUUACCUACACAUUUUACAAGAAAUGUACAGAAAGCCAUUGAUAAAUAUACCCGUGAAUCUGUGUCAUCAUUUUCAUCCAGCGGGAGCCCCGUGCCCACAGAAGCCCCCAACUCCUGGUCUGGGUCUGGGACACAGAGUUCAACUACCGGCUUAUCUACUGAGAGGAGUUCCAUUUACUCUUGGAGAGAUGAUGAGUUUGACAAAGCCAAUGCACAGAAAGUACAGCAGUUAUUCUGGGAGGUCGAGGAAAUGUUAUUUGAAGGGAAAGUAAGCUCUCAGACCCAGAAUCUACAGGCAGAAUGCAGUGAGUGGGCAAGCAGGUCCCUCCAUCUGAGAGUAUUAGGAAGACAGCUCAUCCUGCCCACUGAUGAAGGGGUCCGGCAUUUCCAGGGCAGCGGGCCUGCUUCUGCCAUCCACAAACCCAUCUUUGACCACUGUGGACCCAGCAGCAACAUCAGAGAGUUGUGCAUCUCUGGCUCUCAGAUAGUCCCAGCUGUACUCUCAGCCCCUGCCCUGCCAGGUCCUGAUGGCACAGGGGUUGCGGACCUCACGGCAUGUUCUUCCCUGGAAGAGGAGGUUUAUGAUGUGGAUGGAAAGAUUGAAGAGUAUUUCGCUUUUGACAGAAAAGAAGAUGGUGAGGCCUGUCUUGAACAAAAACCAGCUCAUCAUCCCAUGACGUGGCGUAGGCAUGGACUUCCUCCCGUGUCCCCGCAUGGCUGUAUCAGAGACGCAGUGGCCGCAGAAGUGUUUGAUCACAUCUGGACAACUGUGGUGGAAAUAUUGGAAAAGCUGAUUAGAAAAAACUGGGAAAUUACACUCACAGAAGGAAAAAAACAGAAAGAAAAAUUGAAAGUAGCUGAAAAUAAAUCUCCACCUGUAGUCAUUUCCCGUAUUAAUGCUGAUGUGUCCAGUGUUCCCCCAUCCAGAAGUUCUGAAACUCGAAGUGUAUCCUUGGCCUCUCAUCUUAACCCACCUCAGAUUCAUCGCUUCUCCAACAAUUUUUAUAAUGACUUAAAUGGUGUGAUGACAAUUCAUGCAAAACCACUUCAGCAGAGACCUACCUGUUUUGCAGAGAGAACACAGAGUGAGCAGGAGGACAAAUCACUGGGCAGAGGGGCCAGUGCUCUUUCCUUGGCCCAGCAGCAUCUGGUACGGAUCGCGGAUGCUCGUGGACCACAGACUUCUGCAAAGAAAACCCUGGCACACAGGAGGCUGCCUUCUCUCACCUCAGAGUCACAGAGAAUAAAAAUCCCCAGUGUGUACAGUGAUGAAGUUAUUCGGGGAACAAAGCUGCAAAUUGGCGCGGACCAUACGGCCUCCCCACCGGUUCCAACCUCACGCAGCAGGUUGCCCCCAAUAGGCUCAGAGACUGGGGAGCAGAAUAUGGCCAUUCCCGGAUCUCGCCCUGUUUCUUUCAGAGGAAGGCAUCCACAAAACCAUGUGUUGAGUGUGGCACUUGACAGUGUAGAACGAUCACCUCUUCGAGAAAGAUCUCUGACCACGGAACAGUUUUCAAGGCCCAGCACCACCCAUACAUUUCGGUCAGAUACAUCUCUGAAAGGUUCAUUGACACUGAUGGAGUUUGCUGGUCACACAUGGACAGGUCACGGUUUUUUGACAGGUUCACAAUGUCCACCUAAAUCUUUUCAGAGGACAACACUGACUUUAAGAAAGAGAUUCCAAGUAGCCUCCUGAUAUGACUUCACCAGAGUCAACAACUACAACACUUGCUGAAGCAUUCAAAGCCCCGGUACACCAUUUAUCACUUGAAAAAUGGAGGAAGUAUUAUGUUAUGUAUCUGUCUGACAGUCAGAUGUUAGACUACCUGGGAGAAACGCAAACAAAUAUACAAUUUAAUUUUGAACACUUUGCAUCGUUAAGAGAAUACAAGUCGAACUUACCAACCUUCUUCUUUAUGGGAAGCAUUCCAAUAAAGGUUCUUUAGACUUUGCUCAGAAGAGUCUAAUAUGUGUUUAUAAUCCAUCCUUUUAUCAAUUAUACACAGACACACCACACAUGCUUAGUGCGUGUGUUCACACACUACUUAAUAUAUGAAAGUAUAUUAUCUGGGAAUAUGCCAUUUUAUCUAGGAGUAUGUAACUUUGUCUUGACAUUCUUCGUCUCAUUCUAUUAUUAAUUUCAUCAAAUCCUAGUCACUAUUAGGUAUUACUCCCUCCUUUAGAAAACAGCCAAGUCAUCUUUGGUACAAUAUGCCAGGUUGACUAAUAUUCAGAUUGUUCUAGUCAUUGUGCUGACUUUCUUAUACCUUUUUUAAAAAGCACUUUAGUCAUGAACCUCUUUGAGGAAUGUCAGUGGCUAAGUGUCUUAAGCCAAUUUUGUUUGACUAGUUUUCAUGCUCAAAUUCAGGCAGUCGAUUUAAAAUAUAAUAAAAUAAAAGUAUCCCAAAUUGAUUUUUGGAAGCUGCAUAUAAACGUAGUGACAAUAUAUUGCAUAUGGUUUCGUCUUUAUUGCUUACGACGGAAGUGCUCAGCCACUGAAGGGAAGGCUUUGCAGCAGCACCUUCCUGUCUCCCUUAUUUCAUUACAGUCUGAUCUCUGCUCACAGGUCACCUCUGCAAAAAGCCUUCCCGGAUCCUUCUGUCUAAACAGCAGCUCUCCCCGCCCUCUGUCCUCUAGCCCUGCUUUCUUUUCCUUCAGAGCAUGUGUCCCAAUCUGACAUUAAUACGGAAAAUGGAACAGAGAAGCCAAAGGAGCACAGAUCAGCUGGAGACAAGCCUCCAGGGUCCUGUAUCUUUUGCUCCUUGAUUUCCCCCACCUACCGUUGUUUUCCUUUACAGUGAUUGAAAUCCUUGGACUUGGUUUGAUAUUCUCAGAUCUCAAAUGGCCAUAAUUUCUUUUUUUCUAUCAGAUAAUUAUAUUCUAUGAAUCUAACUUUCAUUAAUCCAAAAUGAGACUUCAUAUAUAAAAUCAUAUAAAUGUACGAUAAAUCAUUUUCAGACAUAAUUCUGGUUGUAAGAAGAGAAGACUGUUGCCAACUAAUAGAUGUUUGGAAAUUAAAAAGUAUGUUGGGACUGGAA